AUGAAGAUAUCAGAGAUGCCUCUCCCAGCCAUACCUCUACUUGACACACGACCACCAUCACCACCGGUGACAUCGAUGAGGCUGGAUAAAUGUUCGUACUUUGAUAAUGAUCCAAUCUCAUCAUUGCCGCCAUCAAUUACUGAGCUAACACUUGGUCAUCGCUUCAAUGGAUCGAUUCGCGGAUUGGCACUUUUAUCGUCACUGGAAUCACUCAUAAUAAUUUGCCCGCUCAAACAUAGCUUGGUCGGGGUACUGCCAGCAUCGCUCACUCACCUGUCCUUGUUUGGCCACUUUAAAUAUCAAGAUGAGCACGUUGUUGAGUCGUUUGCCAAUGCCUCACAAUCACUGCCACGCAGUCUUAUCACGCUCAACAUUGGCAAUUGGUUUAAUCGUCCUCUUCAAUCGCUGCCACACGCUCUGACCUCGCUCACCUUUGGCGAUCACUUCAAUAGUCCACUCCCUAACCCACUACCACGAUCAUUGAUUACGCUGAAGUUUGGCCAAGACUUUAACCAGCCCCUCGACCAAGAGCUCCCUCACUCAAUCACAUCGCUACACUUUGGCUACUGCUUCAAUCAGGUGAUUGAACCACUCCCCGCAUCACUAACAUCGUUGCGUCUGGGAGAUAUAAAUGGACACUAUAGUCAUUCAUUCAAGCUCCCUUUGCCCAAGUCACUUACCGCACUUUGGAUGAGCAGCUGGACAACGGUAACAUCAGGCGACAUCAAGACACUCACAUCCUCCAGUAUAUCAGUCUGCCAAGACAUCGACCGCAUUGUCUCAAGUGGUGGCAUGGCCUAUCCCGAGAACUUGGUUAUCGAGCAUCUUACACAGGGACAUAUUCAAGAGUUUGGAGAACGCCAAUUUCAAAUGCAGUUGGAGUCACUGACUGUGGAGGAAUUUACAUAUAGACGACGACCAGUCGCGGCGCUGAUCAACCUCCUCCCCAAUGCCAGGACAUAUCAUCUGUCUACAAGAAAUGAGCUUAAAGGAAUUACCGAAUCACAUUGUUGUCGAAGGAUUGACAAAGAUACAGUACUAUGUUGCCAUAGCCUGUUGGACUCUAUGCACUUCCACAAGCUUACACUUGAGACAUAUCAAUAA